UGCAGUAUUUUAGUUUUCAUUCUGUUCACAUUGUUUUUAAUGUCCUCUUCUAAGAAGUAAGGAAAAUUAGUAUAUUUUUCAUAGUUUAUAAUUUAAAAGUUUUAGUGCUUGAAGAGUAGUGAAAAAUUCAACUGUUAGUGUGCAUUUUCUAAUUUUUCUCAGACUGUUAGAGAUUUUUGGAUAGGCCAAAUAACAGCUCAAUAGCGAAAUUUUAUUCAUAUUUGUGAUUAAGCUCUCAGCCAAAAAUUAAGUGCUCUGUCAGGCAUCUACAAUCCGAGACAAAUAAUCAUGGCAAAUAUGAAGCAGAUUCCCCUGACCUGCUCUGGCCAUACCAGACCUGUGGUACAUUUGGAUUUCAGUGAUUUGACUGAUUGUGGAUACUUCUUGAUUUCAGCCUGCAAAGAUGGUAAACCAAUGCUGCGUCUUGGGGAUACAGGAGAUUGGGUUGGUACCUUUGAAGGUCAUAAGGGUGCCGUGUGGGGAGUCGCUCUUAAUAAGAAUGCAACACUCGCUGCAUCUGGAGCAGCCGAUUUUACAGGAAAGAUUUGGAAUGCAGUAACUGGCGAGGAAGUUCACAGCUUACAACAUAAUCACAUUGUAAAGACUGUGGCCUUCGAUAGCAAUAGUCAAUGUCUGGUAACUGGCAGUAAUGAGAAGUUAGUUAGAGUCUUUGAUCUGAAUGCCUCAGGUACGCCCGUGGAAUCGUACUCCGGGCACGCUGGAACCAUCAAACGGGCCAUGUUUGCUCGUAAUGACAAAUAUGUGAUCAGCUGUGCCGAUGAUAAAACAAUGCGUCUUUGGGACCGUGCAUCGGGUCAAGAAACUAUGCGGGUUGAAUUCAACGCACAUCCAAACAGUCUUGAAGUGUCGCGGGAUGGAAAUAUAUUAACAGUUACCUAUGGCUCUAAUGUUGCCUUUUUUGAAACAGAAACACUGAAAAAAAUGAAGGAAAUCAUGGUUCCAACUAAAGUUAGCUCGGCUAGUUUGCAUCCAGACAAGCAAAUUUUCGUGUGUGGUGGAGAAGACUUCAAAAUGUACAAAUUUGAUUACAUAACUGGAAAUGAAAUUGAAUCAUUUAAAGGACAUUUUGGACCCGUACACGCAGUAAGCUUUAGUCCGGAUGGUGAGCUUUAUGCUAGUGGGUCCGAAGAUGGUACGCUACGACUAUGGCAAACAACCGUUGGUAAAACCUAUGGUCUAUGGAAAUGUACUGAACCAACGGAUCUCAAUAAUUCCGUGAGCUCAUCAGCAACCCGCGAAGUGGCUGCAAACUAGGUUCAAAAUUGCAUUCACAGCCGGACACAAUUCCUUUUCGGAUUUUCGAGGUUUACAAAAAACUCGCUAGAUUUAAUGGAAUUAUUCUCCAACAUAUUCGUAUUAUUAGCUCACUUCAUCCAGACAAAACCACCGCAGCCGAUUGUUUAUUUCGAGAAGGUUAUAAGAGUGAACUCAUUACUUGGCGCUCUAUAAGGGGUCAAAUGCGUGUAUAUUAGUAAUUUAUUAUUUUCGACCAUUCAAUUAAUAAUCUUGUCCACAAAAGUAUCAGCAGCAUUAAGUGCAUAUAAUAAAAUGGAAAGAAUUACCCUCGGACUUUUUUCUCAAACGUAUGAGUCCUAGGUAAACGCUUACCUAUUGGGUUUGAUUGCUCUGCCCCAUGGUGUGAACC